UUUUUCUCCUACGCCCUUUAUCUAAACCCUAAGCCCCCAAACAUCGGCUCGUUCUUGCCUUCCUUAUCCACAACCCGGAACAGCCGAGAACUAUCCCUCGCUCCGUUUUAUGGCGUCUGCAAACGCUCUCUCUUCUGCUUCCGUACUCUGCUCUCCUCGACAGGGAAGGCUGAGAGGGGGAAACCAGCAGAAGGGGCAAAGCGUAAGCUACAGGAAAUCAAGCCGACGUUUCACCGUGAGAGCGAACGCGAAGGAAAUCGCCUUUGACCAGAGAUCGAGAGCUGCUCUUCAGUCUGGAAUCGACAAGCUCGCCGAUGCUGUUGGUCUCACUCUCGGACCUAGAGGGAGGAACGUUGUCUUGGAUGAAUUUGGAAGUCCCAAGGUGGUGAAUGAUGGAGUCACCAUUGCUCGAGCCAUUGAGUUGCCCGAUGCUAUGGAAAAUGCCGGGGCAGCCCUUAUUCGGGAGGUUGCCAGCAAGACUAACGACUCAGCCGGAGAUGGGACGACCACCGCAUCGGUCCUGGCCCGGGAAAUCAUCAGACAAGGUCUUCUGAGUGUUACUUCUGGUGCCAACCCUGUUUCCCUCAAGAGGGGAAUCGACAAGACAGUGCAAGGUUUGAUAGAAGAGUUGGAGAAGAAAGCAAGGCCUGUGAAAGGUCGUGAUGACAUUAAAGCUGUUGCAACUAUCUCUGCUGGAAAUGAUGAGCUCAUUGGAGCGAUGAUCGCUGAUGCAAUUGAUAAAGUUGGGCCGGAUGGUGUUUUGUCCAUUGAAUCGUCAUCCUCUUUCGAGACAACAGUCGAAGUUGAAGAAGGAAUGGAGAUCGACCGAGGUUACAUCUCGCCUCAGUUUGUCACGAGUCCUGAGAAGUUGCUGGUUGAGUUUGAGAAUGCUCGGGUGUUGGUCACCGAUCAGAAGAUCACUGCAAUUAAAGACAUAAUCCCCAUUUUAGAGCAGACAACUCAGCUUAGAGCUCCGUUGUUGAUUAUUGCUGAGGAUAUUACAGGUGAGGCCUUAGCAACCCUUGUCGUGAACAAGCUCCGAGGUGUCCUUAAUGUUGCAGCCAUAAAAGCUCCGAGCUUUGGCGAGAGGAGGAAGGCCGUGCUCCAGGACAUUGCGAUUCUGACUGGUGCCGAGUUCCAAGCUAGUGACAUGGGCUUGCUGGUUGAAAACACAACUGUUGAUCAGUUGGGCAUUGCCCGGAAAAUCACAAUCAGCAAGGACUCUACUACAAUUAUUGCCGAUGAAGCUUCCAAGGACGAACUACAAGCCCGGAUCGCCCAACUGAAGAAAGAACUGGCGGAGACAGAUUCCGUGUACGACACUGAAAAGCUAGCCGAGAGAAUUGCCAAGCUCUCUGGAGGGGUUGCAGUCAUUAAGGUCGGUGCUGCUACCGAGACAGAACUGGAGGACCGAAAGCUACGUAUCGAGGAUGCAAAGAACGCCACUUUCGCCGCCAUAGAAGAAGGAAUCGUCCCUGGAGGAGGUGCAGCUUUGGUCCAUCUCUCAACCGUCGUUCCAGCCAUCAAGGAGAAGCUUGAGGAUCCAGACGAGCGGUUGGGAGCUGAUAUAGUGCAGAAGGCGUUGGUGGCACCGGCAGCGCUGAUAGCACAGAACGCGGGGAUAGAAGGGGAGGUGGUGGUUGAGAAGAUAAUGGAGAGUGAGUGGGAGAUAGGAUAUAACGCCAUGACUGAUAAGUACGAGAACUUGUUGGAAACAGGAGUGAUAGACCCGGCAAAGGUGACGAGAUGUGCGCUUCAGAACUCGGCCUCGGUUGCCGGAAUGGUACUGACAACUCAGGCCAUCGUCGUCGAGAAACCUAAGCCUAAGGCUCCUGCCGCUGCUGCUCCUCAGGGUCUCACGGUGUAAUUGCCAUUGAGUUUUUUCUGUAAUGAUUUUUGUUGGUGAACUCGAAUUGGAAAAAGGAAAUGUCUUUAAUGAUAUCGAGAUUGUUGUCCCAAAA